AUGCGGCUUGACAACGGGCAUCCCAACUUUGCACCUUUCACUACUACGCCCUCCGUUCUCCUUCUCUCUCUCCUCAACACCUCUUCGAUCUCCUUUAUUCCCUGUCCUCCUGUUUGUAGCCUUCGUCUCUUUUGCCUAUCUCUUAGCUUACUCUUCUUCUCACCCAUCGUACAGGAACCAUUCGUUGUCGCUCGUUCUCUCUCAACUCCCUCGGAUUCACCAGGUUUCACCAUACGAGGGCUUGCAGAUGUGCCUUUAAUGUUGGUAUGGCAACGCAAGGGCCACGAACACGCGUCUGAUUAG